AUGGCCAUCCAAGAUAUUGCCCUUUCAAUUGUGGGAAAAAUUGUAGAGAAGUGUGUCGAUCCAAUUUUGCGCCAAUUUCAGUACUUAAUUUUCUACAAAAGCAACGUUCAAACUCUGAGCGAUGACAUCAAAAUACUUGAGCUAAAGGAAGUUGAGGUGCAACAAUUGGUACGUCAAGCAAAAGACAAUGCUGAAGAAAUUAAACCAACUGUUGUCGAUUGGCUGAAACGAGUUGAGGAUGUCAAGAAAGAUGCACACACUAUUUCUGAGGCUAUGGAGACUGCUAAGGUGAAUUGCUUGAAUAUUGUCAGGCUUCCGAAUUUGAAGUCAUGCUAUUUGCUAGGCCGACGUGCGGCGAAAAGAAAGAGUGCUCUUGAAAAGCUUUUAGGAGAGGGGAAUUUUGAUAAAGUUGGAAGCAUUGCUCCAUUAGGCAAAAUGGGUUUUAGUGAAUCAACCCCAUCCUUAGAGGAAGGCUUAGUUUCUAGGAUGUCAACAAAGAAGGAAGUGAUGGAAGCUUUAAAGCAGGAGAAAACUAGCCUAAUGGCGAUUUGUGGUAUGGGCGGUGUAGGCAAGACUACUCUAGUCAAACAAAUUGCUGACCAGGUUAAGUUCGAGAAAUUAUUUGAUGAAGUCACCAUGGCAACUGUGUCUCAAAGUCCAGACAUGAGAAAUGUCCAAGAUCAACUUGCUGAGCAGUUAAGGCUGAAGAUAACAGAGCAAACUGAUCGUGUCAGAGCUGAAAGAUUGUAUACGAGACUAACUGGUCAUGACAAGAGAAUUCUUGUUAUAUUGGAUGACAUUUGGAAAGAAGUUGAUCUUAAGAGUCUAGGAAUUCCCGUCAAAGGUGAAUGCAAGAGCUUAAAAGUUAUAUUGACAUCUCGAUCCUCAGAUGCUUGUCGGGACAUGGGAGCUGAAAUUUUUGAGGUGAAUGUCUUGCCUAAAGAAGAAGCAUGGCAUCUUUUUAAAGAGGUUGCAGAAAUUUCUGAUGAUUCUGCUUUGAGUGGUGUUGCAAAGCAGGUUGCAGAGGAAUGCAAAGGUCUACCUCUUGCAAUCGUUGUUGUUGCCAAGGCAUUAAAGAGCAAUCAUACUCCAGAAUCCUGGGAUCGUGCCCUUCGGCAACUAAGAAAGGACAGAAUGGGAAACCUAAGAGGUGUUCAAGAUCUGGUAUUUUUAAGAAUUGAGUGGAGCUAUAAUCAUUUGGGAACCGCUGAAGCUAAGCACCUACUUUUGCUUUGUAGUUUGUUUCCAGAGGAUUCUAGUAUUCCGAUUGAAUGCUUGGUUAGGAAUGUAAAAGGGCUACAAUUGUUCCAGGAUAUAGAGAAUUUGAGAGAUGCAAGAGACAAAGUAGACUUGCUAGUUGAUGAGUUAAAAAACACCUAUUUGUUGCUAAAUGAUGCUGAAGAAGAAGACUCGGUAAAACUGCACGAUGUCGUGCGAGAUGUGUGCUUGUCAAUUGCAUCAAAAAACGAGCAUGAGUUUUUAGUGAGCAAUUCUGGAGUGGGAGAAAAGAAUUCUUACACGGCAAUUUCACUAAUAUCGCAAGAUUCCAAUCAUGAUCUACUUCCAUUUUGCAAGGAAUAUCCAAGGCUUAGGCUGUUGCGCUUGGUAUUCCGAUUUCGGAAAUUGAACCUAUCAAAAGAUUCUUUUGUAAGAAUGGAAGCUCUCAGGGUCAUAGAAUUACACCGCUCGCAAAUUGAAUUUCCACUAUCAUGGCCUGGCCAAAUGCUAAGGAGCCUUCGAACACUGUGUCUGGAUUAUUGUGUGUUGGGCACUGGAAUGUCGUCAAUGCUUGGACACAUGAUGCAGUUGGAAACUUUAAGCCUCUUUCAAUCCAAAAUUCUGGAUGAUCGGUUUCCAGCUGAAAUCGGUCAGCUGAGUAAUUUAAAGUUGUUGGAUUUGAGGGUUGAAAGUAGCCUCCAUCCCUUGCCUAGUGGUAUAUUGUCAAGCUUGAAGAAACUAGAAGAAUUGUAUUUGGGAUCCGGUGAUCAUUUGCGGCUAGGGAGAGAUAAAGAAGAGGAAAUAGGAUGCCUUAAAGAGAUCUCAUCAAUCUCUAACCUUGCAUGUCUCCAAAUUAUUUUAUAUGACCUUAACCUCUUACUUCUAUCUUUGCAAGAAUUUGAUACUCAGAAGUUGUCAAGAUUUCACAUUGCAGUAGCUAAUUACGAAGAAGCAAUAGAAUAUCUCAACAAAAACUAUCAAUUUCGGAAAAGUUUCGGGCUUUAUUUGUCAGAUUGUGAUGAUGUAGGGUUGAAACAAGUGUUUGAUCCUAAUGUUACUAGCAUUGUUAAGAGAACUGAGAAUCUCACUUUGGAUCUUCCUAUACAAUCAUGCUUGAGGAAUCUUGUACCUGACUUGGGUGAAAAUGGAUUUAUCAAUUUGAAAAAGCUUGAUCUACAUUGGGGACACUAUGAAUGCCUUGUUGAUUCUACUGACAACCUUGUUGCUCGACAUGUUUUUGAAAAUUUGGUGUCCAUGGAGUUACAAGUUUUGGAGUUGAAAGAAAUAUGUAAGGGAUUUCUUCCACCUGGGUGCUUCAAUCAACUUCAAGAGGUGAAACUUUAUUGUGUAAGUGCUUUAGAGUACUUGUGGAAGGGAUCAGUCGAACCUCCAUCGCUUUGCAACCUCAGAUCUAUUGUUGUAAGCAGUUGUGAUCAAAUUACUACUCUCUUCUCACAAUCAACACCGAAAUGUCUAGUGAAACUCCAAAACAUAGAUGUAGUUAAUUGUGAAAAUUUGGAGAGAAUUGUUUUGAGGGAGGAAAGCCUGACGGAGGAAGUGUUUGAACUACCCCAACUCAACACGUUAACCUUGCGCAGGACAAACUUUAUUGGUUUUGGCUCUGAAGAUGAUCAAGAUGUGGCUUUUUUUGACCAGGUCUCUCUUCUCUCUCUCUUUUAA